AUGUUGGGGCCCCUGAUGGGAGUCUUUGGACUAUCGUCGGAGCCCAUCCCCGCCAAGACCAGAAACGCUCUUAACCAACGUAGAGGUAAUUAUGUGACCGCUUCGCAGAGUGCUGCGAGAGGAGAAUCACAGAUCCCUUCCCUCACAAGCGAAAAUGGCUAUCCUGUGGCUUUUACUGUGUUCCUUUUUCUUACUCGGCGGUAUGAAAUUGAGUUAUUGGCUUCCUGCGCCGUGUCAUCCAUUACUAACGCCAUGACAGCAAUUGGCAUCUUCACCGUUUCCUUGCGGACUCUCUUCGGAAUCCGAAUCACGAACUCUCGUGGCGGGUCUCAAACCGGGGUGUAUGAUCGUAACUAUCUACGAACAAUGACAAAUAGCGGCGCCGCCCUAUCUGAGCAGAUUGAACUGGAAGAAUUGACUCGUGAGGCGGAGGACUAUGAAGAUGACCAUGUGCGAUAG